GACGUCCAUUAAUAUCUACUAUUAUUGUGUUUUCUCCCUCUUUGAGGCACAUGACUUCGCUUACAAGUGCGUGCGACCAGACGCUGAAAGCCUAUUAUCCAAUUAGCGGCGUUAGAGAAGGGCUCGUCCUUGGCACGGCAAUUUCCCAAUUAGAGAGGAACACGUGCAUUUGCUCCCCUACUUAGGGACACAGGCCGUUCGUGUCUUCACAGAAAAAGACGCCAAUCUGUGUGUAAAAAUCCGUGUGUGAAAAGAGAAAGAGAAAAAUGCACGCCUUGGUGAACGCCUUCAUGCGCUGCCUCUCCUUUCUCUUGCCUCCCCCUUGGUUGUGUGUCAGCUUUUCCUGGUGGGUUGGGAAUGAGUGCGAAGAGACGCUGCCGCGGCCCAAUCCCAGAGCUCGUUUCAAAAGCAGAAAGCCUCUUACAUAUGAGGAAGUAGCAGCAGCAGCAGCAGCAGAAGCCCAAGGAGGCUCCAGCCUGUCGGUCUCACCAAUUCAAGGCUGCGUCUCGCUGGCUGCUACAAGCCCCGCUGCUCAUCAGGGCCCUCCGUCGGGUCGGAUCUGGAUCGGGGGUCUCUGGCGAGCCGUGGAGCGCGUCUUCGGAGCCCCCUGGGUCCUUCUCCGCCAUCACUGGUGCCCGAAGAGGCGUCGAGCAGCUUUACGCACCCCGUAUCCUGUCUGUGCCUUCGCGUCGAGCAAGAUUAAAAGCUUCCAGGGAGGCGCUGCUGCUGCUGCUGCUACUACUACAACAGAAGAGGGGAAGGGAGCGGGUGGAAGCACCUUGACUUAUUCGAGGAACAUGAGUGGGACCGUGGGGAUCCCCAAUCCGAACCCAGCGGAGUGCGCCUCAGAUGCGUCAGCGGAGCAGGGCAUUGAUGAGGUAAUCACCGUGGAUCAGCACACGCAGGAAAUGGGGACGGUGACUAUAACAGUGGCCAUUCAAGCGGCCGAGGACGAGGAACCCGAGGAAGUGUCAUCGAAUAAUAUUGACUUCCUUGGAGGGAGCUGCAGUGAGGACGAAAUCGGAAGGCAUGACAAAUCAAGUGGUGCCGGGACCAGUGGAGGGGAGGAGGAGAGCUGGCAGCCCCCAGAUCCAGAGCUCAUCGAGAAGUUGGUCGCCCAGAUCGAGUACUACCUGUCAGAUGAGAACCUGGAGCAUGAUGCCUUCCUGCUCAAACAUGUCCGUCGCAACAAGCUCGGGUUUGUCAGCGUCAAGUUGCUCACUUCAUUCAAAAAGGUGAAACACUUGACUCGUGACUGGAGAACAACUGCCUAUGCUUUGAGACACUCAAAGAUACUUGAGCUGAAUGAUGAGGGGCGUAAGGUGCGGCGUAAAUCAGCAGUGCCGGUCUUUGCCAGUGAGUCGUUGCCUAGCCGCAUGCUGCUGUUAAGUGAUUUGCAGAAGUGGCCAGAGCUGGCGGCUCUCACUAAGGAUAAUGGAGGCAGUGAGGGAGGAGCCAUUCAGCAGGAGCAGCUGAUGAAGCUGUUGCUGAAAGCGUUCGGAACAUACGGUGCCAUCGCCUCUGUCAGAGUCCUGAAGCCAGGGAAGGACCUGCCGGCUGACCUGAAGAGGCUGAGCGGCCGCUACACUCAGCUAGGUACUGAGGAAUGUGCAAUUGUGGAGUUUGAGGAGGUGGAGGCUGCUGUCAAAGCCAAUGAAGCUGUGGGGAGCGAGGAUGCAGGGGCCAGUUCCCUAGGGUUGAAAGUAGUCCUGAUUGGCACCAAACCACCCAAGAAGAAGGUAACCAAAGAACGGCCACGUGAGGAGGGAGGGAUGCGUAAGAGUCGCUCGCUCAACAGCAGAGUACGAGAGCUUCAGUACCAUGGGGACGACUCGGCCUGCAGCUCUUCAGAGACUGAGAGUACCCCCACGUCUCCUAGGCUGACCAGAAAGUCCCAGUCCUGCAAUAAGCUCAGCCCCACCACUGCGAGCAUCAGCUUCCAGAACAAUCACCUGAGUCCUGGUAUGUCCCCGCGUAACAGUCCCUGGUCCAGCCCCCGUGCAAGUCCCUGUUCUCAGCGCAAAUCUCCUCAUUCCAACAAGUCUCCCUUAGUCAGCGAAGGCAGACUGAGCCCUGAACCGGGGCGCCGUUGGGCAGACUACUCCUCAGACAGUAGUCUUACCCCUUCAGGGAGCCCGUGGGUUCAGCGGCGCAAGCAGGUGGCUUCUCAGGAAAGCAGUCCGGUUGGCAGUCCGAUGCUGGGUAGAAAGAUCCAGAAUGCUGACGGCCUGCCACCAGGGGUGAUGAGGCUGCCAAGGGGUCCCGAUGGAACCCGUGGCUUUCACUGUGUCACUGUUAGUGAGAGGGGAAAGACUGCUGCUACUCAGACUUGAAAAGUGGAGGAUCCUUAUACAUUCCUUAUCCCACAGAAGUAAGGAUAGAUUGGAAAUUUGAGCUGUUCUUGGCUGUGUCGCUCAGCCCCCCCCCACAUUUAAGACUGUGUAGAUAUAUUUUUGUUGAGUGCAUUAGUUUUCAGUCUUUGUUAUAUUUUUAUACAACAUUUGAGUUACCAUGGUAACAUUAGUGAUUUACUAAUGGAAAUUUGAGUGAAUGUACGUUUAUAUUGAUUUGAAAUGGACCAUGUCACUCUGUCGCUGUCUAAACUUGUUCAACAUGGGGGCGGGUUAGAGUGGAAGUUCCACCUUUUUGUGUUUUUUUUUUUUUUUUUUUUUUUUAAUUGAAACUCGGUCUUGUGUGGAAAAGCUCACAACAUUGUCUGUGGAUGGUGUAUAAAUGUGGUGUAAGUGGCAUGGGCACAUGGACUUGAUAGCGAUAUCACCAUAUGCCUUUUCUGUGUUUGUCUACUGUGAGUUCCAUUUUUACAUGUUUAAACUGAGGCCAUAAUCGCCCCACUGCCAUAAAGGUUGGACAGUUAAACUUGGACAUGAGAUUUUUUUUUAUAUUUUUUUUUUUUUUAUUUUGCCUUUAAUUUCAGUAUGCUUUGGCAGUUGGGAAGGGUCUCCUCUAGUCCUAUAAUUUAAGUAGGUAGCUGCUUUAUUUAUUUUUUUAGCUUUUAUUUUUUGCGUAUGUUUCCAUCAUUCUCACAAUGAGGUUUGAGGGAUGUUCAGGUCAGGCAGAAUAGAUGCUGUUAUGUUCUUGUCUUUACAUCUGAGCUUGGGGUAUUUGUACAGUGCGACUCCUAUUGUACAAAUAAAUCACUAAAAUUGCAAUUGGCCUGACUUUCUCUUUUUGCUUGACACAUUUUGAGGUAGUCAUGAUGGUCUGAAAAAAAUCUCAAUCUAAUCUUUUUGCUUCAAUGUGUAAAUAAGAUUCAAGUGAGAUACUCUUGCUGAGCCAGGACCAUAAAAGCAAUUCUAGACUUGGAAAUCAGAAUUGGCACACUCGUAGUUUUGGGGGGGGUUGUUUAAAUGCAUUGCACAGAUGGGAGGAUAGCAGAGUUGGAUUAUAAGCUAGAUCAACCCUCAUAAGGAACCGAACACUGACAAAACAGGAGGAGACCAGUUGCACAAGUAAUUUAUUCAAAUUGCCUGUAUCUUGGUAUGUGCAAUGCCAAGAAAUGGGUUUUUUUUUUAACACUUAGACCACUUUGCUGUCUUACAAUAAUGAAUGUAGUGGAUGUAACUGCGUUUUUUGUUUUUGACACUGAGUAACAUGAAAUGUUUUGUGAAUGUCUGCAAAUGAUCCUGAUUGAAUUCAAAUAUGAUGCACACAACUGGUUGCGCAGGUAUUGCCCUCCUCCAGUCAAUAUGUAGCAGAAGAACCUUAUUGGUAGUAUUUACAGCUUUGAGUCUAUGUGGAUAAGUCUGUCAGGUUUGUGCCUCUGUACAUCCUCAUUCAUCCAUUGUCCAAGCUCUGUUAAGUUGCAUGGAGACCGUGUGAUUGAACAGCAAUUUUCAAGUCUCGUCACAGAUGCUUGAUUGGAUUGAGGUUUGUUCUGAAUUGGACGGUAUCAUUGUUGUUUUGGAUACCUUACAUUCCGGUCAAGCUUUGGCUUUGUUGGGGUUGUUUUGCUGGAAAAUUGCCUCCCACAGUUCUCUUGCAGACUGCAACAGAUUUUCCUCUGAUUUGUCUGUAUUGUGCUGCAUUUAAGUUGACCCCUCCUUUCAUAAGCCUUCUAGGGCCUGCUGCAGACACGCGUCCCCACAGCAUGAUGCUUCAUUUAGGAUUCAGUAUGUAUGAUGCACAAAAAGCUCAGUUUUGGAAGACCAUGUUACUUUUUGUGUCAAAGUAUUUGUAUUCAGUCUUGGAAAUGUUAUAUAAUUAGCUUUGUCGCAAACUUGUCUGGAACAUUCACUUGUCUUCUUACCCUGGAAAUGACUAACCAGCUGUUACACUUUACACACACGUGUGCACUGACCCUUAAAAUCACUUGUCAUUUCUUGAUUACAAACAGGUGAUCUCCA